AUGACCCCACACUCCACUCAUUCUUGUGUCUCCGUCUUCUACGUCCCCACUUCGUCCUCAUUCGUGCGAACGAAGCGUCCCGACACGGCUGAGGACACCGAAUGCAAUGGACAUUCUCUGGUGGUCAGGGCGACCGGCCUGGGCACAUGCAAUCCUUCGGCAAUGCAUGUGCGUUUGACCGAGACUUUGCAGGACGACGACGACGUCGAGCAAUGGCGAUUCCGUCCACCUAGGUCUGGACGCAUUUCGACGCCGGUGAGCUGCCAAUCGUGGGGAAUGGAUGGGACGUCUGGAAAUACCCCAGAGGAGGAGGGAGCUAUGACGACGAAUAAAGUCCGGCGCGUACUCGGCUUUGGCCCGAGGUCAAGCAAAAUCUCGUGGUCGUCGCGCGGUUGUCAGAGAGCCACACGGGCGAUAAGCAACAGCAGCCUUUCAGAUGUCAAUGACUGGCCUAAUCGUUCCGACGCCCGGCAAGACAACCUCCGCGGCCUUAAGCGUCUUGUUCUCGUCCGGCGCAAGAAAUCUACACUGGAGAAUGAGAGUGUCCUCGAUUGA